ACGCCCUUCAGACUGUACACCUCGUAUCUUACGUGGCCAGAGCUGAGCAGGUACAGGUGCAAGUACAAGUACAAGUUCUGCUGAUUGCAAUUGAUCCAUUACAUACUACCGCCGCGUCCCGGAUAUAUCAUUGAGAGAGCCAUCAUGUCCAGCAACGUACCAGCUCCGGCAAAUCAGGCCAACACUUUUGAGGACCUUAGCGGUAUCUCAACUUCAGCUUUUAGCAAUCCAUAUGAUGCAUUGAUUGCAGCUUGUGAAGAUGAUCCGGCAAGGAUCCAAGAAAAGUACCAGCUACACCGCAUCACAAGAAACUCUCAGCAGAAAGCCAAAAUGCUUCAAAAAGAUUUUCCCGGCGUCAUCAUAGAUCAGAUUCUUUUGCGAAAGUGCGAUCCCAGCAUUGAACCUGGGUUCGAGGAUCCGCGUCACUGCUUCGUUUUCUGGGGGCGGCCAACGCACAACGUCAAAGACUUGAUACAUCGAGUGCAGCAAGAGCUACGCACCGUCGCACCUAACCUUUGGCUUAUGCCGCGGGACAACCUCCAUAUCACGGCUUUAGAAGUGACACACUCGAAGACUGCCCCAGAGAUCCAAAAGCUAGUGGACAGUGUGCGAGACAAGAUUCCAGCCAUGACCGACUACACUUAUGCUCACCGCGCGCGUCUCAUCAAGCCUUUGAUUGGGUAUGAUGCUUCAGCGCUGGCUUUGAGCUUCGUACCGGCGGCCGGAGAAGGACUACACGACGGCCGCACCCUAGAGGAUGACAAGUUCACAUACCACCACCUCCGCCGAGACAUGUUUUCUCUAUGCCGCGAUGCAGGCUUGAAUGUCGAGUCUCGCUAUGUCGUGCCGUCAAGCCACCUCACCAUCGGCCGGUUCAUCUAUUCCAAGGACUUUGAAACCGACCAAGGCGCCUCCGAUCCGGAAAAGAUCAAGGCUCUGGUCAGUAAAAUUGAGGAGAUUAAUGAAUGGCUCCAGAAGGAAUUUUGGCCGGAGCAUAACGACGGCAAGAUUCCUGACGGAGGAGAGUUCAAUUUGGGACAGGAGAAGGGACUGCACUGUGGCACGGGCACGCUCUGGUAUGGCGGUGGAGAAGCGGUGCACCAAGGGAAAGGUUAUUGACGUGCUGCUGUGAGACGGUUAGACGAUCACGACGAUCAUGCAGCAGCUAUAUCGAAGCAACAUGCUUUUUCAGUAUUUCCAAGCGAACUCCAGGUCAAAUCUCAUUGACCGCCUCUGAUU